AUGAGACCAGUGAUAGUUUCAUUUAACACAUUAAGCAAGAAAAUUGAAGUUAUAAAAAAGAAGAAGUUACUACAAGACUCUGGGAUUUAUAUGACGGAGGAUUUCCCUUUAAAAGUUAUACAGAAACGCAAAGAAUUGCAAGAAGAGCUGAAACAACUAUUAGACCAAGGGAAAUCAGCGUACUUAAAAUACGAUAAAAUUAUUAUCAAAGAAGAAAACAACGGGCAUCUGAAUCGAAAUCAUAAACGAACUUUAUCCCAAUCACCAAAUGAAAACAACCAAACCAAGAACAAUGCAAACAUACACUCCCACAAGAAAAACAAGAGAGACAUUAGCACCUAUUUUAGAUCAAAAAAAGAUGCUCCCGCCCCACAAGAAAAACAAACUGUGCUCUUGAAUAUAAAAGAAAUUUCAGAAAGCAACAACUCGAAGGAGACAUCUAACAUAUAG